CACAGAAGAAGUCAAAGACGUGCGGUGGUAGCUUAGGAAAAUAUUUUUGCUUUGUUUUGUAGCUUUUAAUUUUUUAAAAGAAAAAACUUUUUGUUACAUGCGUAAGAGGUGUUUCGUUUUAAAAGAUUUGUUUUGCCUUUCGCCAACUGUUGUGGAAAACGCUUUACAAUGGCCGAUUUAUUGACAGUUUAUGACGAUGACCAGGCCAACACCUUCAUCGACUGCAUGAUCUGUGACAAAAGAAUAAGGGGAGAGAGCCAGUACAAAGUUCACGUGACCACAUUACAACAUUUAAAGAGAGAGGAGGCCCUUGUUGCACAGGGAGCUAUUCCGAGACAACCUCAACUACCACAAUGGACAGAUAUCAAAGAAUAUUUGGAAUACCUGAGUCUUGAUGAGCCCAUCAUCGGUCUCAGCUCCCUGGUACAGAUACCUGAUUUUGUGAGCGAAGAUGGCAAAAAUGUGUUAAAGUACAAAUGCAGAUUGUGUGUCGUGGAGAUGGACCUGUACAGCAUGGUGGCCCAUAUCAUUGGACGCAAACACAGACAAAAAUACCUGGAGCUGAAAAGGCCAGAUUUAGUCACAUGGCACGACACAGCAAGUGCACAGAAGCAGCCUGGUCUUGUCGCAAGAGCCAAAGCGGCAGUAGUCGAAAAGCAGGAGGGAUGGGGAAAACCAGAGCCACUCAGAAGACAACAAGAGACAUUCAGAAAUGUUCAUCAAGCUGGAAAUGUUUCUCAGUCCAGUGCUCAUGGACGAGACCCACAUAGGCAGCCACCAUUGGUUGAAGAUGUUCAUAGACAGCCAUACGUGAUUGAAGACAGACCUGGAAGGCCCUAUUAUGCUAGGGAAAAGUAUGAUGGACCCAAUCCAGGUGAUGCAGUUCGGCAUCAAUCCUACCCAGAAGAAAGCAGACGUCAAAGACCAUACGAAGAGCCUGGGAAUCAAGGCCUCUUGCGUGAUGACUAUUCUGAAAGAGAACUACAUGCUAGGCCCUAUGCAGACCAGGAUGGUGGAAGAAGACCUCUUUCUCAGCAAGGCUAUGAGAACACAAAUCUUGACAGAAGACCGUUCUCUGGUGGAGAUGGACACAGUCUCGUAUCCAGAGAUGUGCCAAGAAACCGACAUAAUGACAAAGAUCUCAGAAUCCACAGUGCAGUUCAGCAUCCUGGAGACUCUCAAUAUCAGGAGGGCCAAAUGGAGGAUAGGAUGUAUUCAGCUUAUGGCAUGGAUGCUACGUCAAAGCACGGCAGAAGCUUUCGUGUAGACGAGAGAAGGGGAGCUGUCAAAGAAUUUGACAGAACCAUGCACGGUUACCCUCAAAGAUUUGAGUCUGGAGAUGAUCCAAGAUCAUAUUCAGAUGAAAUGAUUCCAGCCAAGAAGAAAAGGAAGAGCCGGUUCUCCGAUGCAACAGCGGAAGAAAUAGCAGUUGCACACAUAAGACAUUCUGAAGACAGAGCGGGACAGAGAUCACACAACCAGCAGAGAGAUGGACCGAUUCGACCUCUGUUGUUUAAUAACCCUCUUAUGGAUUCCGGAAGCGCACAUCAUUUCAAUCCAAAUCCUGAAAAUGUACUGGAUGUACUAAAUGACAUUGAAAUUGAAAACAUGGAUGAAGCCAAAUAUCUUAAAGAGAAGCUAUGUUCAGUUUUAAAGGAAUUUCAAGCAGCUAAAGCUUCAAGACUAGGGGAUCAUACUUCACAAUCUGUCAGUGAUCACAGAGGAGACCAGCACAGAGAUGCAUACGAUAAUAACCUAAGGGAUGAUUCGGAUGGUAUCUACUAUGAAAACAGAGGUUUCCAAGAGGGUAGACAGUAUGAAGACAGUUCCAGAAAUUUACAAGAACCCCGACAAUAUGACAACGACCCUGGAGCAUUCCGCGAGGUCAGACAAUAUGAGGAUGACCCCGGGGAUCCAAGAGACACCAGACAUUAUGAAGAUGACUCCAGGGAUUAUAGAGAGCCGAGGCGAUUUGACCGUUAUCCCAGUGAUUCUCUCAGUAAAGCAGCUAGGCAUGAUGCAAAUGAUCCCAGAGGAUUUCAGAAAACAAGGUUGCAAGAGAACACCGUGGAUUUUCCAGAGAGAAGAGGUUUUGAAAAUGAUCAAAGAGUAAAGGCAGGACAUUAUGAAGAAUAUUCAAGAGCUUCACAAGAAGGCCAACAUCAUGCUGACGGGCUGAGAAGUAAUCAAGAUGCAAGAUAUUAUGAUGAUGAUUUCAGGGGGUCUGGAAAUUGGAAUAACCAGAGAAUGCGUGGAAUGGAAAGCACAGGCACUGUAGAUGAUAGAGGUUUUCAAGAGAGAGUUGGUAAUCCUCCAAGUCACUUCAAACCACCUCCUCUACUUGGGGAAACAAGGAUGUAUCCUGGGAGAGGACAACACAGGUUACAUCAGGAUGGCCAUCCGCCCGAUGAUGAACUCUACGACCCAUUCCAACCAUCAUCUUCUCCCCCUCCAGAGCCUUCCACCAGUCUCAACAAGAUUGCUUCAACUCUUCUGGAGCUUGUGUCACGUAGAUAAAAUAAGUUUGAUGUAAAUUGAGCAAAGUAAUUUCAGAAUUCAGGAUGGGUUAAUCGUAUAGCUUAGUGGGUAUCAUAACCCCCCCAAAAAAAUGUUUAAUAGUAACAUUGCAGUGAUUAACCAGAAGUUAACUUUUUAUUUGGUGAUUAAUCUCAUUUAAGUCAUUUUGUAUUAAAGCAUCUGAUAAAUGUUUUCUUGUUUUCAUUAGUUAGUUCAGUGAUUUCAUUCCUGUUUGAUGUUUGUGUCUGUACUUGUGUUGUGAAAUGAUACAGGUUUGUUAAAAGAAAGUGUUUGAAAUAAACCAUUUAACCACG